CUAUAAACCACAUUCAUAACUGCUCUGUAUGCCAGUCAGGUGAUACAUAGAAUAAAGCUCUUUACUUACAGCUCAAAGGACUGCUUAAGACACAAUGCGACUUUGGGCUGAAAUUCUAUUUCUCAUCUUUCUACAAAAAGGUUCCUGCCUGGAAAUAGUAGGAGGUCGCAAAGUUGCUCGCUAUGCAAGGCCAUAUAUGGCAUUAAUAAGUUCACCUGAAGAAAUAUGUGGAGGAGUCCUAAUACAUCCCAAAUGGGUUUUAACAGCUGCUCAUUGUAAAGUGGAUUCAUCUACUACAGUUACUCUAGGAUCUUUAUUACAGACAAAAUCAAAUAAGGACACACAAAAGUUCCAUGUUUUAAAAUGGAUUCCUAAUAAAAAAUUUGAUCCAAGUACAAAUGAUAAUGAUAUCCAGAUCUUAGAGCUAUCUGAAGAAGCCCGACUGGACAGAUCUGUCAAUUGUAUGCCAUUGCCGAAGAAAAUUAAAAACAUCAAACCAGGAACAGUUUGUGAGACAGCUGGAUGGGGAAAAACUUCAUACAAGGAUAAAUACAGCUCUACAUAUCUAAUGGAAGUGAAUGUACCAAUAAUAAGCAAUCAAAAGUGUAAAGCCAUGUGGAAAAAGAGGAACCUAAAAAUAACAAAAAACAUGUUGUGUACCCUUGUGGACAAAGAUGGAAAAGACACAUGUAAUGGUGAUUCUGGAGGACCAUUGAUUUGCAAUGGAGAUUUCACCGGAGUUCUAUCUUUUGGAGAUGAACACUGUGGGAUUCCUGGUAAUGCCAGUGUCUACACUCGUCUGACAAAAAAACAUAUCGAUUGGAUUAAGGCAGAAAUACCAUGUAAAAUAGAGUGUAUGUUUAUCUAGGUCCUGCACACAGUCUUUACAAUAAUGUAAUCUCCAUGCUUGUGCUUAAUUCAGAUUGCAAUUUGUGGAAAAAUAUUUGUGGGCAGUAAUAAGAAUUUCUAAUGUUUGAAAGUUAACCCAUGUAUAACCCCAUUAUAUCAAGUGAUAAUACACUUUUAAAAUACAUUUGUUCUUUUGAUAUAUUUACACCAAGCAACUAUGCAAAUAAUAAAACUUACCUUUUUUUUCCCUGUGCUGUAAAGUGGAAUUAAACCCAAAGAUGUACCUGCUUCCCAACACAGAUUCAUUAAAGUGGAGGUUCACCCAAAUAACAUUUUUCUCAGAACAAC